AUGGAUUUGAAAUUUAAGGAGUCUUGUGCAACUGAUAGAGAUUUUCAUAUGAAUUCUGUAAGAACCAAGGUAUCAGUUUCUCCAUCAUCAACUUUGCCAUCAGCUAGAUGUGAAACUAACAAAAAAAUCUCUAAAAAGCUCAAAGGCCUUCAUAAGAAAAUUUCAUUAUUGCAAGAUAUUCAAGCUUAUACCGCUUAUAUUGAUGAUCUUUCCAGAUGGAUAGAAGACUAUUUUUUUACAAGUUUUUCAUUGGAGUUAUCAACGAUUCCACAAGUCCCUAGAACUGAGACGAUUUUUGAUAUGGAGAGCUCAAUGAAAAUUCUUGUAAAUUCUUUGGUAAAGGUAAGAAAAGAAGCUUCAGACAGAUUAGCAAAUCAAGAAGAAAAAUUCAUGAAGUCACGAGCUCAAAUUGAAGAAAACUUAAAGCAACUAAAAACUGAAAUGCAAAAGUUAACAUGAAAUGUCCAAGAUGAAAGUAAAAAACAAAUUAUUGUAGAAGUGCCUAUUAAAGAUAAUUUUUCGCUUAAUCUUUGUAUUGAAGAAUGCGCAAAGUUAAAAAAAGAGCUUGAAGCUUCACAAGAAAUCAAUGAAAAUUGUAAAGGAUCUAUGCAGUUUUUAUUGCAAGAAUUUCAAAAAGAAGGGUUUGCAAGGCAAAAACAAGGAGAUUUGCUAGUUGAUGUGUUGUCAGAUUUAAAGAAUUUCACAUUAAAUAUUCUUAAGGAGAGAAGAGAUUAUAUUUCACAGAAUGCAAGCAUGAAAAUGACAGCGGAAAAAGAAAGAUAUGAAAGGACAAAAUUUUUGACUGAAUAUGUAGAUAGAGUUAGGGAAAUUAAUGAAGAAAAUGAUAAGUUAAAGAAAGAAAUAGAAAAUAAAGCAGAAGAAUAUGAUUAUAUCAAUGGGAAAAUUAAAGAAUUUGAAGCAAAAAUGGAUGAAGCGAGAAAUCAAAUAAAGAAUAUAACAGAGCAAAAUACACUUACAAAUAAAAAAUUAGAAAAUGCAAGAGUCUAUAUUACAAUGGCAUGCAGAAUUAUUGUUUCAGUUAUUGCAAAAUUCAAAAAUUUACAGAGUUUGAUAAGUUCUUAUAAAGAAAAUAUCAAGGACAUCCAAAAAGUUGCAAAUCAAUUUUCAACACCUAAAAAAGUUGAACUGCCAUAUUCAAAAAGGCCAAAAAUAUCAAAACUUAGACCAAAAAUAAUUGCUGUGAUUGCUAUGAUUAGGCUAACUAAUAUUUUGAAGCUAAAGAGAGUAAGAAUCAGCAAUUUUUCUAUACAAAUUUUAGCAUCAAAGCCCAACAUUUCUGCCCUUUCACUUGAAAAAAAUCCAACAUUCACUAUAUUUUCUGACAUUUUUGAGUCAACUGCUAUUACUCCCUAUCCAAAUUAUUUUUCCUCCCAGCUUUUUGACUUCAAAAAAUUAAAAACAAAAUUAUCCGAAGCCUCAAAAAAUAUAAAACAAUAUCAAGAAGAAAAUAGCAAUUACGAGAAAAAAUCAGCAGUAAAUGAUAUGAAAUAUUCAAAUUUAAAGAAAAAAUAUAAAGAUUUAUUAAAUAAAUUCAAUUUAUUCAAGCAAGAGCUUGAUAAUAUAAAGUCAAAAAUCCCUUCCGAAAAUGUAUCAGAUGAAAAACAGCAAAAAUUGAAAAAUAAAUAUGAAAAAUUAAAAAUGCAAUUAGAAGUUUUAAGAACAAAAUAUGCAGAAAAAGAAGAAGAAAGAAGAAAAAUGAAAUUAAAAUUAAAAGAAUUAGCAACGAUAAAAAAGAAACUUAUCCAAAAAGUAAAGGAUUUAGAGAGCAGACAAGAAGACUUGAUGAAAAUAAUUAAAAAGACAAAAGUUAAAAACAGAAUCGUAAAUCUAAAUGAAGAAAUAUCAAAUCUGAAAAAGGAAUACGAAAUUAUGAAUAAAGAAGACGCUGGAAAAAUAGCUAAAAAGACAGAAACGUCGUUGGGGGUAUCAAAAAGCUCUUCUUGCAGCUUUGACCCAAAUGAAAGCUUUUAUUUAGAGUCAUCAAGUAUAGAAUUAGAAUAA